CCGUAACUGCGGUCGCUGGGAUUUGCACGUCGGCCGCUACCUUUCUGUCAGGUUCGUGGUGCGCCCGUGAGGCGGGCUCUGGGGCCUUCCUUCCGAAACGGCCUCAGGAUGGAGCACAUUCGCACGACCAAGGUUGAACAGGUGAAGUUACUUGACCGGUUCAGUACAAGCAACAAGUCAUUAACAGGAACACUCUACCUUACAGCAACACAUCUAUUGUUUAUAGAUUCUCUUCAGAAAGAAACUUGGAUACUGCAUCAUCACAUUGCUGCAGUAGAGAAACUUGCUUUGACCACUUCUGGAUGUCCCCUUGUGAUUCAGUGUAAGAACUUCAGGAUAGUGCACUUCAUUGUUCCACGAGAAAGAGAUUGCCAUGAUAUUUAUAACUCUUUGCUACAACUCUCAAGACAAGCAAAAUAUGAAGACCUCUAUGCAUUUUCUUAUAAUCCCAAACAAAAUGAGUCUGAACGUGUGCAGGGUUGGCAACUUGUUGACUUGGCUAAGGAAUAUAGAAGAAUGGGAGUUCCCAAUUUAAACUGGCAGUUAUCUGAUGCAAAUCGAGACUACAAGAUUUGUGAAACCUAUCCCAGAGACCUUUAUGUUCCUAGGAUAGCAAGUACACCAAUAAUUGUUGGUAGUUCCAAGUUCCGGAGUAAAGGAAGAUUCCCAGUACUGUCAUAUUAUCAUCAGGAUAAAGAGGCUGCCAUUUGCAGAUGCAGUCAACCUCUCUCAGGUUUCAGUGCCAGGUGUCUGGAAGAUGAACAUAUGUUGCAAGCCAUCAGUAAAGCCAACCCCAGCAAUCGGUAUAUGUAUGUCAUGGACACCAGACCUAAACUGAAUGCUAUGGCUAACAGAGCAGCUGGAAAAGGUUAUGAAAAUGAAGAUAACUAUUCCAACAUUAGGUUCCAGUUUGUUGGAAUUGAAAAUAUUCAUGUAAUGAGAUCUAGUUUGCAAAAACUAUUAGAAGUCAAUGGGACAAAAGGUCUUUCUGUGAGCGAUUUCUUUUCGGGUUUGGAGAGCUCUGGAUGGCUUCGCCACAUCAAAGCUGUUUUGGAUGCUGCUAUCUUCUUAGCCAAAGCAAUAGUGGUUGAAAGUGCGAGUGUGCUGGUACAUUGCUCUGACGGUUGGGACAGGACCUCUCAAGUUUGUUCCCUUGGUGCUCUCUUGUUGGAUUCCUAUUACAGAACGAUCAAAGGAUUCAUGGUUUUGAUAGAGAAGGACUGGAUCUCCUUUGGACAUAAAUUUUCAGAUAGGUGUGGCCAUUUGGAUGGUGACCCAAAGGAAGUUUCACCAGUGUUUACUCAGUUUUUGGAAUGUGUGUGGCAUUUGACAGAACAAUUUCCACAAGCUUUUGAAUACAAUGAAGCAUUUCUUCUUCAGAUCCAUGAGCAUGUCCAUUCAUGCCAGUUUGGAAACUUCCUUGGGAAUUGUCAAAAAGAAAGAGAAGAUCUCAAGUUGAAAGAGAAGACUUACUCCUUGUGGCCCUUUCUUUUGGAUGAUCAAGAAAAGUACUUAAAUCCUUUCUACAGUCCCAAUUCUCAGAAAUUUCCAGUACUGGAACCUAAUACAGUGCCUUUCAACUUUAAGUUUUGGAGAAAUAUGUACCAUCAGUUUGAUCGAACAAUGCAUCCUAGGCAGUCUGUACUUAAGCUGAUUAUGAACAUGAAUGAUCAAAAUAAACAACUGGAAAAAGAAAUUAAAGAACUAGAAUCUAAAAUCAAACACCAGAAAAACAGGCAAAGUGAUACGGUUCUCACCAAGGAAUCUUUGCGCUCUAUCCAUCCUGACUGUCCAGCCCUCAAACCUUCCCUGUGUUUUAAGAAGGAGCAGACCCUGUUACCUGUGAAUGAUGCUAUUCGAACUAUAGAGGGCAGCAACACAGCAGACAAUCGCUAUAGUGAAUAUGCAGAAGAGUUUUCCAAAACUGAACCUGCAGUUGUCAAUUUGGAAUAUGGAGUAGCAAGGAUGACCUGUUAAUUAUCACAGUGAAAUGUAUUUCUUUUUGGACAGACUGAAAUACAAGAGAUGGAUUAUUGUAAGGAAGGUCUGUGCUGCAUGACCAAAAGCUAAUUUAUCUAAUGUUAGGUUUUAGAGUAGAACAGCAUGCAAAUAGCUCUCUUGAGGGGAGUCAGUCUGAUUUCAUUUUUAGGAAAGGAUGACAUUUGUGAUAAAAAGAAAUGAGUAGUAUUUGGGAGAUAUUAAUAAAAAUGCAAUUUGCACUGUAGCCUUGAAAAUUGAUGUUAGUUUAUGAUGUACAUGUUCAUUAUAGCUAGAUGAUCCUAUAUUCCUAUGAACAUGAAGAACCUUAAUUUUAACUGGGGAAAAAAAUCAAAAAAAUGAUCUUUUAUUUACUCUACAACUGAAGUAACACAUGUACUUGUCCAUAAAAAUAGAUUCCUACAGAAUUUGUCAAAUAUUAAUGUUUAAUGCUGAAGUGCCAUGUUAAAUAUUCUGAACAGGGCCUUAAUACAAGUUUUUAACUUUGGCUUCUCCUUUAAUUUUUAUAGCUAAAACAUAUACUAUUUUGGGGGAGUGGGGGGCAAUGGGAGCAUUGUUUUGUUCUUAAGAAGUUUCAUGUGAAUAUAGAAUAUUCUAAGAGUCUCAUGGUCUAAGCAGUUUAAGAAUUACAAAUGUGUUAAAUCUAAAAUUAGUAAAAUUUAAAGAUUCUUCCAUUUCUCUUAUUUUAUGUAUUACCACUUUAGAACAUUUACAUGUUAUAAUAUAGAUUACUGGUUUCACGUGCAUGUGCCAGGAUAUUUAAGCCUGUGGCUUGUAUAUAUCAAUUAUUGCAUUUCAUGAAUUAUCAGCUUGCUGUGGUGAAUUUUCUUCCUUUGGUAACAAUGUGUUAGGUAUAAACAGCAAAACAAUAAAAACAAUGCCCUAUAAUACUUUUUCUUCUUUAAAGAAAUAAUGAAAAGCACAUUAUAGAAUUUCAUUGAAGAAAGGCCUUAUCCCUCAAUGUUCUGCUGUUCUUACUUUGUCUAAGCUUCAAGUUAAAACAAAAACUUUUAACAACAAAACAAGAGGUACAGGCAGCUUAGGUUUUUGCUUAAAAACAUGAUUUUCAAAAAGUAAUUCACUUGUGUAUAGAAUAUUUUUCCUUCUCUUUUUAAUGAGGAGAGGGAGAACAGUAGGAAAAGACUUUAAUAACAACAGAUUUUGAAAGGUUUGUUUGGUAAGUUUUGUAAGAGCUCAUUUAUAGCUAAAACAAAAUUCUCCUUUAUUCUCCCCUAUUCCUAGCCUUUACAUGCUUCAUAUCAUCACUGUAUGUUUCCCAAGUAGAAGGGAAAAGCAGUUUUCAAAACUUUACUACUAACAAAUGGUGGAGGUAUAAGCACAAAAAUUAGGAUCUGGUUAUGGUUCUUAUAGUAUGUACCUUGUCAUGAUGUGGAAAAAAUAGUUUGAGUUAUCUGUCCACUAUUACAGAUUUAUUUCACCCCUCCAAGAAAGCAAGAUCACAUAUAAUUGCCAAUCUUAACUCAUUAAGAUGCUCAACUUCAGAGUAACAUGAGUGGCACAAUUUAAGAUUGAGGGGUGUUAGAAAAGCUGUAUAGGAAACCUCAUGCAUUCUCCUACUCCUGAAUCUGUCUGAGUUUUGACCUUUCAGAAACAUCUAAGUUUUUCAGAAGGAAAAAAAGCCUUAUUUUAUAGGAGAGUUUAUUAUGUAAUCCCUAAAUGUCUUUCCAGAGCACAUUACAUAAUAAGAAGAGUACUGCUUUAUAAACACUAGCAAAAAAUACUGCACGUUCAGUUUGUCUGUUAGCAGUCAGUCUCCUCUCCCUUCCAACUCUAUGCAUUAGGACAGGGAGCAUAGUCAUUUUUGUAUCCAUUAACAAAGGGAAACUUUGGUGCCUUGUUACUUGCUGGUUUGGGUAUUGAAAUCUUCAAUGGCAAAUUUCUUGUAUUCAUUUUACUGGCUUAUUAUUUUAAUCUUUAAACAGUAUAUACACAAAAAAUCACUUAGCAUUCACAGUGUCCUACAAAGUACAUGUUGGUAAAAAUGAGGUUGUGUAUAUGUCUUGUAAAGUUAUCUUUACAUUCCAUAUGUAUGGAAAUCAUAACAUGUAUAUUAUUUCAUAUAUAUUAUGUAGAGUUAAUUAAAUGUAUAGGUUCUAUUUUGAAAUCUUUUCUUUUUUAAUAAAAGUGCCAGUCAGCGCCAUUCCCUUUUCCCCAUGUUAUGUUAACGUAAGAAACAAAAGAGCCAAUUAAAGAAUCAGGAAGA